CUCCUCCGAUAAAAGAAAAAGUCCAAGUUGAUCUUGCUCAGAACUAACAUGGACCAAGAUGCCCCAGCUAAGCCCGGAGAACAAAAGGUCCCCAGCCUGAGGACAAGGUGGAAAAUUCUUCUUCUUCUCAUACUCUGCCUACUCCAUGGUUCGUCCAUGACCCCUCCACGUGGAAGGCCCCAUUCUAGAUGGCUGCAGGCUGGCUCUCCCCAGUUCAGGACCCAUCUCUACACUGUGGAAGCACACACAGUUCCUACCCCCCUUUGCUGCUGGAAGAACUCCCUUUCAGGUACAAAUGCAUUGAGAGGCCCCAGGCUGGUGACUGGGAACACUGGGGGAGCUGUCACCAUUCUUUGUCAUUACGCCCCCUCCUCAGUCAAUAGGCAUCAAAGAAAAUACUGGUGCCGCCUGGGGCCUCCAUUGUGGAUCUGCUACACCAUCGUGUCCACCAACCGAUACACUCACCCCGACUACCUUGGGCGUGUGGCUCUCACUGACGUUCCACAGAGUGGUUUGUUCAUGGUGAGGCUGCUCCAACUGUCCCUGGAUGACAUGGGACUUUACCGCUGCGGCAUAGGAGACCGAAACGACAUGUUGUUCUUCAGCAUGAAUCUGACUGUGUCUGCAGGUUCUUCCAACACCACCUAUGCAGCAGUUCCAGCUUCUAGUGAGCCCAUCACAGCAUCUCCUGGAACAGCAUCCUCAGCAGCCAACAGAUGGACCUCCGGAGCCACCCAGAUCCUAGAGGGCCAAGGCUCAGAGUGGAACAGAACAGCUCCAACCACAGGUACAAGGAAAACUACCCCUUCCGCCAAUGGAAGACAAACCUUAAGAACAGCCAGGACAACGGUUCCAGGAACAAGCAGCAAAGAGGAGGGUUCUAUCAAGGCAGCAGUCCCCACUCCAGAAGGUCCAUCUCCAAAAUCAAGAAGCAUGUUCAAUACAACACAGGAUGUUUGGAUGUGGAACACCAGGAACUCGGUAACAACUAGCACUACCACAAGUGAGGGUAGGAGGCAAGGCACAACUCCAGAGACUGAUGGGCCACGAGAUGAAACAGACAUCAGUGCAUCUCCAGAUGCACCUAGGAAGACCACAGGAACCACGAGGCCAUCGGUCCUGAUCUCAGAGCAUGUGACCUGGGAAACUCUCCAAGACGAAACAGAGGUGUCUAAGCAACAAAUGCUAUACUCCCUGGAGGAGUCAUCACCAGCUCCAAGUGCACAAGCCUUGAAUGCUACGUGUAUGGAAAUGGCAUCUGAGGAAGGAAGCAGCCUUGAUGGGAGCCUAGAAGACACUACUGAAGAAAGUAGUCCCCUAACACCAAGCCAGCUUUCAGUAGCAGGACCUACGUGGGUUUCUGGCAAGGGGUCAUCCAUGAAGAGUGCUUUUACAGAAGGAGAAAGCAACUCUCGGAUCCUGACUCCAGUCUCCACUGUGCUGGCCCUGCUUCUAAUUGCUGUUCUGGUCCUACUGAAAAGGAGACUUGGGAGAGAGAGGACCUCUCAGAAGACAAGAAGGGUACCAAGGAUCACUCUAAUUCAGAUGACACAUUUGCUACCAGAUAAACUCCCUGAUGAGGGAAAGAACUUGCAGCAGAGUGACCUUCUUCCUACCCAAACCAGACUGACCGUCCUGGAGAAUGACCCAGGACCCUGAGGGUGGAAAGGUGAAGAGCUCAGUUACCAUGGAUGCAGGACCAAGCCCAAACAGCCCUGUGACUUCAUCCCCUUCUUGCUUUCCUUCACCCACA